UUGAGAGGGAGGGAGUAAAGGGAGAAAAAGGAAUGAGUCACUUUGGAGUUUAUUUUCUUUAAGAGAAAAUAGUAGCAGAGGAGGUUCUGAUUGAAUAUGACGUUUCCCAACGAAGAGGGAAUCGAAGUACUUGACCAGUUUACUCGGCGCACACCGACACUGAAUGCGACCGGAGAGACUAGAGGCGAGGUGGCACUGUUCGGUGCUUGACUUAUAGGAAUUAUUGGACAUUGUUGGGCUGUUUUCCCCUUUUCCUACACCGGGGUGCACUAAUAACGGCACUUUCACAGUUUAGUUUACCUCCAGUUCACUUUUAUUUUAUUAUCGAUAUUCAUGAAUACAAAAGGUUUUUGAGGACGUGCUUCGGACGUACUGUAUGGACGCAAUGACCGGAGAAAAACAAGACUGCACUGGAGUCCUUGUACAGAUUGAUCCUUUUUGCACAUUGCUGCAGAUCCGGUCCAAGUUCUGGCAGUUCCCACAGUUUGGAGAUGGAUUAAAAGCAGACCCUUCUUUCCCUAUGCCCUUUCUACCAAAAAUAUUCACCAGAGGACACUGCCAAGCUUUUUUUUCCAGAUAAAAACGUGGACCGUUUUAUUAUACCCAGGGUGAGACACGAAUAAAGGACCAUCCCAUCCCCAGGAUGACUGGAUUCAGACUACAAAGAGAAUGUUCACUGUGGUAUAGAUUUAAGGAUUUGUGAAGGAUUUAAUGCCUGCUCUGUAAGAGAGUGGUUUUCAGGACUAUAACCCCUUGAAAACAAAAUAAUCAAAUCAAUUUCAGCCAGUUAAAAGUGCUGGAACUAUGGAAGACUUGUUAAGAAGUAGAAGAGAUGUGGCAAAAGAACAACAAUGUUUUUUUUAAGACACAGGACAGUUUGAACUAUUACAAAAUAGUCUCAGGACCACGCAUACCAGAAAACGUCAAUCUGCUAUGAUUCCAACAGUCUCUAAAGAUCCACAAAUGCCUUGUCUCAAUUGGGGACAAAACUACUCUGGUGGUCAUCAGUUGUCAAACUCCCACUCUUUAAACUAGUUCAGAAGCUGGAGCUAGACCCCCUUUAGCAAAGGCCCAGAGGCAGGAAUGGAAAUUACGUGCCAGUGUAUUCUAGCCCCUCGGAUUACACCAGUACUUUCAUUGUACUUUCGUUGUGCUCAGAAACAUAAACAGUAGCUAUCUCAUCCUGUCUUUCACAGAUGGAUGUGGUUAUAAUGUGGUUAGGGUCCUCCUUUUAUCCUAAGUAUAAGAUAAUGAAACAAUAACAAGGCAGUAAUAAAAAAAAGUCUUAAGUGGAGACAGACUUUGACAGGACUCUUUCCCCCUAAGUCCUUUGUAAAUUCCACCCCCUUCCACCAUCCGUGCUGUGUUCUGCAGACAUGGUCCCCCUAGGGGAGAACAUGAUUCCAGAUUCGCUGCCACAAAACUGUACCAACUGCACGCAGGCCCCCACCCCAGGCCUGGACAUUACCAAAGCAGUGGUCCUGGGGUUGGUUCUAGGGAUCUUCAUUGUUUUUGGGAUCCUUGGGAACAUCCUGGUCAUCCUCUCAGUGGCGUGUCACCGGCACCUCCAGACGGUCACACACUACUUCAUCGUCAACCUGGCAGUGGCCGACCUGCUGCUGAGCACCACAGUGCUCCCUUUCUCUGCCACUUUUGAGAUCUUGGGCCGCUGGGUGUUCGGGAGGGUCUUCUGCAACAUCUGGGCAGCCGUGGAUGUUCUGUGCUGUACCGCCUCCAUUAUGAGCCUCUGUGUUAUCUCCAUCGACCGCUAUGUGGGCGUGAGCUACCCUUUGCGCUACCCUGCCAUUAUGACGGAGCGGCGGGGUGUGCUGGCACUGGUGGGACUGUGGGCACUUUCCAUCACCAUCUCCAUUGGGCCGCUCUUUGGCUGGAAGGAGCCUGCGCCCGAGGACGAGAGCGUGUGCAAGAUCACCGAGGAGCCCGGCUACGCGAUCUUCUCCGCCGUCGGCUCCUUCUAUCUCCCACUGUCUGUCAUCUUGACCGCGUAUUGCCGUGUCUAUGUGGUAGCAAAGCGUGAGACCCGGGGCCUGCGAGAUGGCUGCAAAACUGACAAGUCCGACUCGGAGAGUGUGACUCUGCGGAUGCAUCGGGGAAACACUCCUGUGCCCGAGGAUGAGGCCAUGCGAGGCCGUCUGCACUUCUCCUUGCGCCUGCUCAAGUUCUCCCGUGAGAAGAAGGCUGCUAAGACCCUGGGGAUUGUAGUGGGCUGCUUUGUGCUCUGCUGGUUGCCCUUCUUCCUUGUGCUGCCCAUUGGCUCUAUAUUCCCAGCCUGUCGGCCACCUGAGACCAUUUUCAAAAUCACCUUCUGGUUGGGUUAUUUCAAUAGCUGCAUCAACCCCAUCAUCUACCCCUGCUCCAGUCAGGAGUUCAAGAAGGCCUUCCAGAAUGUGCUGAGAGUGCAGUGCUUGUCACGGAAGGCCAGACAAGCCUCAAAACCACAUUCCCUGGCUGUGGGACAUGGGCAUUUUGGCACUCUGGAAGCAGAGCAGCGUGGAGACCAUGGACACAGUCCCACCACACCCAUUCUGAGCCGAGCAGCAACACAGAGAGACAGAGGGGAGAGGAGGGCUUGUUCAGGGGUGACCUCCACAGAGCGCCACAGCUGUCGAACAGAGGCAGCCCGGGUACGAAGCAAAAGCCUGCUGAGGGCAUGCUGCUGUAUUGUCAGUGAACCUCCGAAGCAAGGCCACACACCCACGCCUGUACCAGUCAUCAAAAUUCACAAGCUCUCACUGUGUGAGAACGGAGAGGCCGUGUAACUGAGGCCUCAGGUCGCAAUCACACUUGCAGCACAAUAUCCCCCACAAGGAGAACAAUAUAAGUGCUGGCCCCUUGUCUCAGACAGUCAAUUCAAGCACCAGGAUUGGUGGUCAAAGGCCUCACUUGGAACAGGACAGGAAAACCGACCUUAAAAAGUGCAAAUUUACUUUUAAUUUAGCAUUUUCCAGAUGCAUCUUCCCUAUGCUGUCAUUCCUGUAGCUAUGUUAUAGUCAUGAGAAAACGUUUCUGAACCCUUUGGAGUUUUCUGCAUUCCUGCAUUAAUUGCUCCUGAAAUGUGAUCUGAUCUUCUUUAUCAUUAUAAUAUUUAUCAUAAUAAUAGAUAAACACAAUCUGAUCAAACAAAUAACACACAAACAGUUGUACUUUUUCUUGCCUAUAUUGAACACAUUGUUUAUGCAUUUACUGUCUAUACUGGAAAAAGUAUGUGAACUUCUAGUAUUAUGACCUCUAUUAAAGGGGGAGUCGGGAAUUCCAAUUAAAUGAGAUGACAUUUAGGUGUGAGUUUCAGAUGCCCUGCCCUGUAAAAAACCCCAAAACACUUGGUGAAACAUGCACUGAUCAAAAGCGGUUUCAGAAGGCCUCAGAAGUAGACAUUGAUGCUCACAAAGCUUCAAAGGGAUAAAAAGGCAUUUAUGAAGACUAAAGCCUUUGUCAAUCCACAGUCAGGCAGAUACUAUACAAAUGCAAUAGCUACUCUCCAUAGGAGUGGUCUUCCAACAAAAAUCACGGCAAGAGCAAGCCAUACAAAGAUCAAGGAGGUAACAAAGAACCCUAAGGUAACAGCUUCAUAAGGUAGUUCAUGAGGAUCUUCAGGCAUCUCUUGCACUGGCUAAUGUCUGUGUUCAUGAGUCCACAAUAAGGAAAACAUUGAACAAGAGUGUGUCCAUGGAAGGAGACCGUGGAGGAAACCACUGCUUUAAAAAAAAAAAAUUGCUGCCCCCUCAAGUUUGGCAAAGGCCACCUAGAUGUUCCACAAGGCUCUUAGAACAAUAUUCUCUGGACAAAUGUGAACUUUGUGGCAUAAAUAUGUUUAGAGAAAAACAAAGCAUGGUGGGGGGAGCAUCAUGGUUUGGGGCUGCUCUGCUGCCUCAGGGCCCAGACAGCUUGCAAUCAUUGAGGGACCAAUGAAUUCCAAAAUACAUCACUAAUUUCUACGAGGGAAUGUCAGGGUAUCUGGCCAUGAUCUCAAGCUAAAUAGAAGUUGGGUCAUGCAGCAUGACAAUCUGCAGGAGUAAAAACAGAAUAGCUUAAACAGAAGACAUUUUGCAUUUUGGAAUGGCCAAGUCAGAGUCUUGACCUUAACCCAAUUGAAGUCCUGUGGCAUGACCUGAGGCAAGCUGUUCAUGCAAGAUAUCACCAAAAAAAUCAAUAAAUUGAAACAGUUUUCUAACAAGGAAUGGGCCAUAAUACCCCCCAUAGCGAUGUGCUGGACUGAUCAGCAGCUACAAACACAUUUAAUUGAGGUUAUUGCUGCUAAAGGAGGUUCCACCAGUUACUACUGUAAAUCUAAAGAUUCACAUACUUUUUCCAGAAUAGACAGAGAAUGUUUUAAAAAUGUGAUCACCAGAGACAUGAAAAAGUACAAUUGUUUGUAUUUUACUUAUUUAAUCAGAUUGUGUUGUGAUAUAAUCUAUUAUUAUGACAGAGAUGAAGAUUUCAUUUGAGGAGCAAUUACUACAGGAAUACAGAUAAUUCCAAUCUUCACAAUCUUUUUCUCACAACUGUAUGCUCCUUUCAUUCAUCAAACACUGAAUCUGCCAUGAUUCAUAAUUCACUGAUUUAACGCAGUGUGUAUGGUAAAGAGCAAGUGGAAAGGCAUGCUAGUGUCCUGUGCUUUUUUGACUUAAGAGGCCUUCAAAUAGGAUGUGCAUGCACCAAAGGUUAAAGUGCCAUCACUUGUUGUUCAAAGAGCCCAGUGUCUCAGAAUUGUGCCACAAAAAGCCAUUAACUGUCAAGUAGGUCAGUACAAGAAUAGUGAGUCUCUUUCUUUGUUCAAUCUGAAGUGAAGUUUACCUUCUUUAAAAUUUCUUAGCCCAAGGACCUUCAGAAAUAUCUAAGUAUCAAGAAAUAUAAGAACAAUAUAGUAUUAUACACAGCUGUGUAAAAGUUUUAGACAUUUUCCUAUGCUCAACUAAGUGUUUUUCCUACUGUACUUUGUGCAGGAACACAGUUCUUUGAUGACCCAUUUUGUUGUAAGAUAACAGUUUAACAGUAAUCCUGACAGAUCUGUAUUUCAUUGUACAGAAAGUAGUAUUUUACCUUUAAGGUUAUAUAAAGUGCAACAAUUGUUAUUCAUUGCAAAGAAUACGUGACAGCAAAUCAGUAAGAUUUGAUUGAUAAAUGUGAUGGAUUAGAUAGUACAACCCUUCAUAGUGACUGCUCAUAUAUAGUUUACCUCAAACUGAUGUGAACAAGUUUUUGAAGAUGGGGGUCAGUGUAAAUUACUAAAGAUGACAAAAUGACAAUUAACUGUAUUAAUAACAGUCAGUUUUAAUAAAACACUAGUGGUGACUUUACAUAAAUGUAGUGUAACUUCUGAAUAUGUCUAAAUUGUCUAAGAUUUUUACACAGUAGUGCAUAUCACCAUGUUUUGCUCCUGCAAUUUAAAAUUGUAUCUGUAAGCCAUUUAUUCAUUGUUGUUGUCCUAACAUGUUUAUACUUUAAGCAAGCACUAGUUUCUGUGAAGCAGGUGUUUGUAAGAAAUAAUACAAUUUUCCCAAAUUUGGUGCUACAGAAGCACCUGCAGUCACAAUUUUCACAGUAGCUGCAAACUUUGAAAAUGGAAAGCUUAAAAUCAUGUCAGGAUGUGAACAAUAGCAGAAAAAAAUCUACUAGGAACAACAUGUUGUGAUUUAUAAUGCUGUAGCCAUUAGAACCCUAUUACUUGUGUGUUAAAGAAUAAGAAACUACAUCACGAUACAGGGGGACUGGAAAUUGACUGCAUUGCUGUUUUGUUUGAUUUUUUUAAAUCUUUUUUGCAAGGGAUUAAGAGCAGGGCUUUGCCAAAUGAACAUUUAUUAAGACUGAAAGCCGCUGCAUGUGCCUGGAGAGAGCUUAGGAAAUCCCUCCUGAAAAGCACAAGAAAUAUCAGAGACUUGCCUUUUAUUUCAGCAGCAUCAGGCCCAGCCUCCCAGUGGAGAUCAGGGAUGGCUACGAAUAAUCAACGUUUCUGAUUACUUCAGAGUUCAGAGUGGACAAACACUGACACUUCUCCGAGAAGAGAUAACAGGGGAGUUAUUGAAGCUGUGGGACUUUCUACCUGGGAUAUUGCUCUGCCUUUGGGGAGUAGGGGGUGGACAAAAAAAAAAUCUCAGCUAGAUGAGUCAGCUGCAUUCAAGUUCAAGGCUUUCACCUGGAGUGCAAACGGUCUGUGUGUGGCUGUAAUUAAAAAGUAAGAUCGUAACCGAGCUUCUCUCAACUCUAAAAGCAGCAGCCUAUCCACAGACCUGGGUCAAAACUGGGAUGGCAGAUCCCAGUCAGGGCAGAUGUCUGUGUCUCUACCUGUCUCUUAAUGAGCUUGACUCACUAUGGACGAGAGGAUUGACCAUUGAUUGUGAUAGUCGGAUUCUGGGCAAUUAGCUACCAAAGCACAUUCUAGAUUCUCCCUUUUAAUAUUUAACAAACAUUCUAGAAGCAGCUGCGACUCCUGAAGCAUACACACCACUACGAAACCCUCAAGAAAUUUUACUAUACUAAAUGUACAUGGAAUUUUCAUAAUUUUCCCAGGAACAAGUGCUAUUGGGAAGUUGAUCAUCCAAAAGAGGGUGUUUGUUUUGUUGACAGGCGGGUGGGCUGGCAAAACCUUAUAGCACUGCACUCAAAAAUAAACCAAGUGGCAGCACAUCGGUCCUCAGCAGUAUUAUUCUUAAACCUCCAACUAUCUUAUUUUGUAUCUUCAGAUAGCAUGUACAAGUGUCAGAAUCCAUGAAGUAGCCCUGCUUCAUUCCUGAGAAUGGGCUCUCUGCAUUGAAGUCCUUACCCUGCUCAUCUAACAUGGCCAUAUGAGCUGAAUUGUGCAAAAAUGUUUUCUGGCAAGCUGUAAUGUAAUAAGUUAUUCUUGUGACCAGACACACAUGUGACCUCAUGUCUGGGUAACUGAAGUCCACAGAAUGACUGCUAUCUCUUGGACAUAUGUUCUUUUUUUAAUCAGUCUGUAUAAAAGGCAAUUUUUAAUGUAAAGAAAAGAAUCAUCCAGAAGAUCCAUUCAAAGACCAGAUCUAAAAAGACUCUAAGAGACUUAAAAGAUUCCCAGUACACAGCAGUUUGAUCCAUUCCAGGAUUUACAUACUUCUGGCCCAUAUACAAAGCAAACAAAAAUAAACCAAAAAGGCCUUUAUACGUGCCAAACAAGGGUUUGGCAUGCUUCAGGCUUACCUCAUUUUGUGUGCAUUUGCAUGAUUUAUGGACUUACAAUUCUUUGCUGUUUUGCUUCCUCUCUAAAAAGCCUUCAGCGAUUGUAAAAUAUUGAAAUACAAUCAACAGCCAGACACUGGGGGUUUUCUUGUCUUUCCCUUCAGUGUUCUGAUGAGAGCAGAGACUGUCAAACAUUUCUAGCUAUCAUGAAGACAAAUCCCAAAACAUCUGUAAUCAAACUUCUUCAACUGGUUCUUGAAUGCUAGGGAGACCACGGACAACAUAAUGUGGAUUUCCAUUACUUCUAUAUUGUUGGUGUUUUUCCAACAUUUGCUUUCCACAAUAAAAAUAAUAAAAACCCCAGAUGACAAUAAAACAACACAAAAAGAACUAAGAAAACAACUUCUUAGCAUUAUAUACAGAUGAUUAUGAAAUGAUCUGCGUCAAUUUGAUCAAAUUAGUGAAUACGUGAAAUCAUCCAAGAUAUAGAUUCUCAGAGGCACAAUGUGAUUUUUAUACACAGUCCUUCCAAGUGAUAGAUUCAGAAGACAGGAAGAUUAAUCAAAUAUAGAGUAUUCCAGCUUUUUGGAAUUAAAGCACAUUUAGUCGCACAUUUGUUACAAAGCCAGUUUCUGAAAUUGAUAGACAAAAAAGCAAUUUCAGCUGGAGCUUUUUUUUUUUUAGUGAAUUUUAGAACUAAUUUUAGAAUGGUCCAAACCAUAGCAACAUUAACUUGGUAACUCCACAACUUCAACCUUACACAUCUGAAUACAUGCUGUUUCACAAGUGUCUGAAAAUAUUAUAGAUCUCCACAUGAUAAUACUAGUGAACAUACUAUAUGAAUAUCAAAGGUAUUGUGCAUUUUGAUUUCUUCUCUCAGAUGUAUAAACUUGUGCCAAUUUUGUACUCAUUGGGUCAGACUCUUUUGAUGGACUGUCUUUAUCAUUAGAAAGCCUGACACUAAACAGACAAUUUCUUCAUUAUCAGUGUAUGAAUAAACAUGAAUACUGUGCAGACAGCAGUCUAAUGCAUACUUUUAGUGAAUAAUUUGUAAGCUCACAAGAAAUGACUAUGUGCAAUCUGAUUAAUUAUUGAAUUCUAAGGCUAAAAUCCCCAGAUCAGAAAUAUAAAGACGGACAAUCAAGCACACAAUUACUGCUUUUAAAUAGACUCCUUUUUUAAGAUUGUGAAAACAAAAAAAAGUCUAUGUUAAUUUAAACUUUGACCUUCACAUCUUUUUAUUACCAUAUUAACUGGAAUGGUAAGCUAUACUUUUAUUUUUUAUUAAAUUAUUUAAUGUCCAAAUAACUCAUGUAGCACUAUCCAUGUAGGAUUUUGAGAGUCUGAAAAGGCGUACUGAAUUUAUCAAUCUAAUCAAAUUAAUGUAUCAAUUAAUAGCUCAGUGCUGAAGAUUCUAGAAGGCCCUCCAUUUUGUGGGUCUGGGUGGACUCAGAGAUAUUUAAUCAAACUUUAUUGUACACAUUCACAUGUACAUGCAAGCUGUACUUAUGCAAGUGCAAAAUGUGUAACAGUCUGGACAAUGUUUUCUAUGUACAGAAUACGUUUAUUUAGCUUUGUUUCAUUUUCUUUUUUUUUAUUGUGAGCUUCCUUUAUGCCUUGUUGUACUGUUUAAUAUUUUAUGUCCUAAAUAAUAUAUGCUCUAAAAAAGUUCAGAUAAACUUUCUCGGAAAACAAACUGAAGAUACACUGAUAUUCGGAUCUCUGAGUUUUGAGAUACUGACUGUAAAGUCAACAUGUUAAUUGAAAGGAAAUGAAUCAGGUUUGACUAGCUCUUUCCUCAUUCACCUCCUAUGUCUGAAAUACCCAUGUUAUGAGUACAGUUGGGAUACUUUUCAGGUAUCAGGCUUGACCUAUGUACAGUAUGAUCUAGAAGACUACUGUCCAGUAGGUUUCAUAGGUUACCCUGACAUCAUCAACAUCUAAAAAUGUAGAACAGUUCUAGCAGGUUAUUUUUAAAGAUUUUGAUAUACAGUAUUUAAUACUUCAUCCCUGAGUUCACUGGACAAGUUUUUUUCAAUGGAUUUUUUUUCUUAUUUUGAAUGCUAAACCAUUUUAUUGUGGCUCUCCAUUGACCAUCAACGGAAUAUCUUAUAGAAAUACAUUGCUGCCAUGUCUGCCAUAUUUCUUGUGAACAAGGUAUGCUCUUUGAAGCAUUAUUAUGCCAAAAUGUCAUCUCUGUUGCUCUGAAACCUGUGCAAACUGAAAGGUGUCCUACUGUUAAAACAAUAGUAUGGUGAUAUUUCUGUGUCUUUUGAUGUCAUAUAUUGUAAUAAAAAAAAA